UACUGGCAUAGACGUCUUUUAUAAUAUGUAGAGAAAAGAUAGAGAAGCGCCUUGUGAAAUCGAUUAAGUAACAUUUAUUUAAUUUAAAUCGUUGAUUAAUUUCUUUAUCAAAUGGAAACAGUUCGACCUUGUGGUUGUAAAGGAAUAAGAUCGUGUCUCUUAUGCGAGAAGGAAUAUAAAAUAACGAAACCCAACCUCAAAAUUCAAUUAGAGAAAUAUUCCAGUUAUGUCUACUGUCCCCUUUGCAACCUCUCUUGGCCCGGUUGGAAUAGCGAUAUUUACGCAAACCAUCCGGAUCAUCGAGGCAAAUCUAUUGAAUUUCCUGGUGUUUAUAUAAAGCUCGAUUUCCUGAAUAAUAAUGACAUUGCUUUAUUGACGAAAGCACUGGAUGAUAUACCUUGGGAAGUUUCACAGAGCGGAAGAAGAAAACAGAACUUUGGUCCAAAAUGCAAUUUCAAAAAGAAAAAACUUCGGUUGGGUUCUUUCAACGGUUUCCCAAAAUCUACCCACUUCGUGCAACAGAAAUUUUUGGAAAUACCUAUACUUAAAAAUUUCCAAACAGUGGAACAAUGUACUUUAGAAUAUGACCCCCUUCGAGGAGCUUCGAUAGAUCCACAUAUCGAUGAUUGUUGGGUUUGGGGUGAACGAAUAGUAACCGUCAACGUUACGGGCAAUUCAGUUUUAACGAUGAUUCCUUAUUCUGGUCCAAAUACCAAAUAUAAUUUAAAUAAUGUUGCUGAAUAUUCUACGUUCGAAGACACGACGUUCGACGAAAAAAAUGAAAAUGGAGAUGUUCAAAAUAUAAUUGUAAGACUACCGAUGCCUGAAGGGUCUCUUAUGGUUCUUUAUGGUGCUGCAAGGUAUGAAUGGGAACACUGCGUUCUGAGAGAAGACGUAAAAUCGCGACGAAUUUGUUUAGCUUACCGUGAAUUAACGACUUCUUAUCGAAAUAAUUUAUCAAAGGACGAAGAAGUUAAAGAACUGUUACAGAGAGCUUCGAUCUUUCGAUGAAAUUGUAAACUAAAAGU